UCUUCCCGGGGACAGCAGUCACUUUAGCUAGCAGCACCAUUUUGGGGAGACGCGUUAAAGAAGCCUGUCUCCAGCAAUUUAGGGCUAUUCAGAGAAUCCAGCUAGACUUUGCACGUUUCUUCAUUAUUAGUUAGCAGAGUAGCACAUUAUAGGUUAUAUUUAAAUUGAAAAUAAGGACACACCACACGGCCUCACCGUGCCGGUCACCAGCUAACGCUAGCUAGCUACUAAAGCUAAUCCUAGCUGGCUGAAAGGCUUUUUUUCGACCGACGCAACAUUCACUGAGCCUGCAAGCGAAGUCUGUCAAAAUGAGCGCACCCUCCUCCCAAAAAGUUGUGCUGAAAAGUACCACCAAAGUGUCCCUAAAUGAGCGCUUCACUAACAUGCUGAAGAACAAGCAGCCCACUGCGGUAAGCAUUCGAGCCACCAUGCAACAGCAGCAUUUGGCCAGUGCCCGCAAUCGCCGGCUGGCCCAGCAGAUGGAGAACCGGCCCUCAGUGCAAGCUGCUCUGAAUCACAAGCAGAGCCUGAAGCAGCGCCUGGGGAAGAGCAACAUCCAGGCCAGGCUGGGCCGGCCGAUGGGGACUCUGAUGCGUGGAGGACCUGCUGGAGGAAGAGGAGGGAUGCGAGGAAUGACCAGGGGCGGCCUGCGAGGACGUGCCAGAGGAGGAGUAAUGAGGGGAGCGCUCUCCCUGAGAGGGAAGCGAGUGUCAUCUUCAGGUGGCCCCAUGCGGGGUCGUGGCGCUGCUGGCCGCCUGGCUAUGCGGAGAGGAGGUCGCCACCGUGGAGGACCCGCUGGCAGAGGAGGAGCUCUGUCUCGAGGAGGAGCACGAGGAGGAGUAGCCAGAGGCCGCGGUGGACUGCGUGGCCGUGGUGGUUUUGCCGGUCGAGGUGGUCGCGGCCGCGGGCGGGGCCGAGGUGUUGGCCGACCAACUGUGACCCGUGAACAACUGGACAACCAGCUGGACGCCUACAUGUCAAAGACCAAAGGUCACCUGGAUGCGGAGCUGGACGCCUACAUGGCGCAGGCGGACCCGGACAGCAUGGAGUGAUGCAGAGGGAGACACGUGUUGACUCGCUGCAGAACUGUACCGCUGAACUCACACAUACAGUGUAGUUUUCCACCAGACUGACGGGCCGAGAAAUGAUGGUGUUUAUAAUUUAGAUGAGAGUGGUGACAGUCCAGGACUCUUAGCUUGGAAUAGCAGCAAAUCAAGGUUACACUUGAAUGUGCUUUGACCACUACUCAAUUCUGCAUCAACCUGCUCCUGCACACCCCUUUGAAAUCUGGAAUAACUGUGUGAAGGGACCUUUUUAAACAAUAACACGCCCUGCUAUCUAUAGAUGACUGAUUUUAUUUUUUUUAUUAUUACUUUUUUUUUUUUUUUUUUUUGUUAAUAUAUGACCUAAAACACACCUUAAACAUUUGGGAUGGAUAUCUGUAAUGACCCAGUUGAUGUGUUUAACCUUCUGUUGAAACCAAUUAUGAAUCACACCUGUUUUGGUUUUUUUUACGUUUAUUUUGAAUGUGAUUUUAGCAUUAGCGUGCUCCGACCUUAGGGAAUUCAUUGGCUUAUCUUGAAAACAUUUGCAAUGCAAAACUUUUCUAAAUUAUUUGUCAAAAGAAUGUAAGCAAAAGUGUUCUACGCCAAGUAUCCACUUGUCAUUGUUUUGUAUUUAAAAGAUGUAGUACUUUGAAGUUUUUGUUUCUCUGUAUCUUCCACCUGUCUGCGUUCUUCAGUGGAUCGCUGACAAUCUUAACUUGUACUUGAGAGCAUUUGUAUGACAUGAUCCAAAGCAAGUAAAAUAGGUUUUAAUUAAAAUGGAGAUGAUUUCCCUAA